CACUGAUGACCUUUAAUUUUUUUAAACCCAUCUACAACUAUUUGGACAUUGCCACUGAAGGUCAGUGUGCGCGAAAAGUCAUAAAUAGCAAAUAUAAAGAAAUCAGCGAUAUGUUUGUCGCAUGUUCGCAUAUUGGUCUACAAUGGAUCGCACUUUUACUGGCAUUGAUUAUGAGUUGCACAGUUUUAAUAACAUAUCUGGUUUCCAUCCAAAGAGGGCAUGUGAAUGCGGAACUGCCAUUUAUCAGCUCUACAGGUGCCUAUCCACCGGAAAGCUGUGUAUUUGGUGAGGGAUUAAACUUGGCCGCUUUUAUUAGUUUGAUAUGCUCCUUUUUAUGGCAUUUAAUUGCAUUAGAAAGAACAAAAUUUAUGGGCAUACAUCAACCAAAUUGUCUUCUUCAAUUUAUGCUUUCGUUAUCUCUAUUAGCUUCAAUUGGUUUAACGUUGGUUGGGAAUUUUCAACAAGUUAACGUUGAAUUAGUUCAUGACAUUGGUGCUGGAAUGGCUUUUUUCGGCACAACUGUUUAUAUCAUUUUAUGUGCCAUAGUUAGCAAACGUUACCUUGGAACACAUUGGUGCAUAUGGAUUUUUAGACUUCUAUUAGGAAUUGUGGCAGCAAUAACGUCAAGUCUUUUUUCGAUAUGUCAUACAAUUUCCAGAGUAAAUUUCAACGGUACACAAGAAGAAUCUUUGACAUAUAGGCAUCCUGCACAAGGUGGUUUUUUAUUUUAUCUGUGCAGCACUAGUUUUGAGUGGGCUGCGGGAUUUACUAUCACGUUAUUUUUCAUGUCAUGGGCUUACGAAUUCAGAUCAUAUGCUUUACAACUACCACAAGUUGUCAAAAAACAUCCAUCUGGAUCUGACGUCUGCAGCCUCAAAACUUAGUGAUAGUUGUUGGUCGCUUGAAGAGUUUUCUCCCACAAUUUCUAGUGGAUAAGUAAUUAAGAUUUUCAACUUCUAAGUCAUCGCUAUCUCAAUCCGUACCCACCUCAGUCAAAUUUUACUUAUUAUUUACAAAUAAGACUGAUCAUUUCACGUCAUUAUAAAGAGAACAAUUGAAUUUAAUGAGUGUCCCUUGUUUUGAGUUAUGGCUUUUAAAUUUUCACAUAGUGAGUUUGCGAUAUGACUCCAAUCAAAAACGCGAAUGCUCUUUGCGUAAAGUGAAAAUUACAGAAAAGAUGAUAUGUUCAUUUUUAAAAUUAAUUUUUAUCAUUCAGCAGUAUUGAAUGUCAAAUAAAGAAUGCUUUAUCAUUGAAA